AUGCCGUCCAAGAUCCCGGUCCCCUUCCACCGCAAUUACACGUGGGACUCCAUCGUGUUCGGCGAUGGCGGAUUCUACGAGGGUCUGAUCUCCAAGUACGGCCAGGUGGACAAGCUGGGUACCUUCGUCUUCGCCGACGGCGACAGGUACGAGGGCCACUUCAAGCGCGGCGCCAUGCACGGGUACGGCGUCUACCGCUGGGACCACACCGGCGACGUGUACUUUGGCGAGUGGAGGAACAACGCGCAGCACGGCUGCGGGAUCAAGUUCUCCGGCCAGGACGACGGCGCGGAGUACGGCGAGUGGAAGGACGACCAGUACCUGGGAUCCUACACCGGCGUGUGCGGCGAGGUGGAAUCCUACGACGCCAUGAACAUGGCCAUCAACACCGCGCAGUCGGCUCGGAUGUUCAAGUACAAGCCGGAGUCCGAGGCGACGCUGCAGCGCCGCGGGUUCGUGAUGCACCAGGACCCCAUCUUCUACGAGCAGGGCACGGAGUGGACCAUGCCGGGCUGGCGGGGCGAGAUGCACGACGCCCCCUCCAAGGAGGACAUCGAGCAGCAGCACCCCAGGCUGUACGCCCAGAUGCAGCGACACAACGAGAUCUGGGAGCGAACCUGGAGGUACUACAACAUGGACCUCAAGGGCGCCAGGGAGUACUUCGUCCAGCAGGAGGCUGAGCGCCAGAGGCUGGCGGCGGAGCAGGCGGCGGAGUUUGUCGAAGGUUUCAACGACGACGUCGUGGACGAUUACGACGAGUACGCCGACCUCUACGACGACGACGACGACAGCUCUGCUAAGAAGAAGAAAUCCAAGAAGGGAAAGAAGGGCAAGGGCGGCCGGAACAAGACCGCGUCCCUGACGCUGUCGCUGAGGAACGCGGGCGCCGCGGUCGAGCGCGCUUUCGAGGGCGUCAGGGGCGCGGCGCUGAGGAGGCCCGAGAUUCGCGCAUUCGCGGAGAGGAGGGCGCGAGCGGCGGAGGAGCGGGCGCGCGCCCGGGGACCGGCGCCGCCCCUCGCGAGCCUCUCCCUCUCCCUCCCCUUCGGUCGCAAGUGA